AUGCCCGUCCUGCCUUCGAGAACGAUACCCUCUGGGAACCGGCUCGAGGUCCGGCAAAACGAUCCGUCUAGCACGUCGUUUGUCCCCGUGCCGUCGACAUAUGGCAAUCUCGACAACUCGCCUCACCCGGGCGUCGUGGCGGGCAUCGUUCUCGGCUCCGUCGCCGGGUUCCUGCUUCUGCUAUGGCUCGUGUACGUCAUUCUACACCGGGGACCCGUUGUGAUGGUCGAGGAGUCUGGCGCGCCCAUGAGCAGCGUUACUGGGGGCGACUCGUCGACUUUUGCGAGUCGGAGCGUCGUCACUUUGAGGAGCAAGAGGGGGAGGAAGAGCCGACGGCCAAGGAGCAAUGGAUCGCGGAGGACGACACGGUCAAAGGCUACGACUGUGCGCUCGCGCGAGAGGAGCCGGAGGAGGGUAUCGCCUGUGAUUGUCGAUCCCCCGGCCCGUGAGCGCAUCAUCGUCGAGCCUCCAUCUCUGACCCCCUCUCCUCUCUCGUCUGCGCCUCCACACCCGCGCUUCGCCCAAGAAUCCGCCGUGUCGGGCUUAUCAUCGGACAAUGAGAUAGUCGUCGAGGAGGAGCACAGCCCGUCGCCGCCAAGAAGGUCAUACAGCCAGCGAUACAGCCAGGAACGGUACCGACGAGAGUCAUACAGGGAUGAUGGGUACAGAGACUACCCACCGAGAGACUACUCGCCGAGGAGGGAGAGCAGGCGGUAUAGCCGGGAUCGAUGA